CCUCAAACCACGAAGCCAUGUCGUGACACUCGACGCUGCCUCACAUUCCUUUUACUUCUUCAACUUCUUUUACUGGCCGGCGACACCUCAGCGCCGCUGCUAUAAUAAUACUUCUUCCGCCACCAUGCCCCGUCUCGUGCGCCGCGCGCCGCUCGCCGAACGCAUCAAAGCAUACACCGACCCUUCCGACUGGCUCAUCUGGAUCUCGGAAGAACUCAACAGUUCUGACUGGGAAGACUUUGCGUCUUUGUAUUCCCUCUAUAUCGGCUUCGGCGCGAAUCUACUCUUUGUCCUCGCGCAGGCAAACAGCGGCGCAUCCGCCGCCUCGGAUGAUGACGGUGUUUUCAACGAGGUCGAAGGUCCCGGAUGGCUAAAAUCAACACUGAGUUUGUUAGUCAUGGUCUUGGGUGGAAUAAGCUUCGUAAACGCAUGGCUCGUUUGGGGAAAGAGGCGGUACUACCGCCUGUUUGAACAAAAAGUGGACGUAGCGCCGCGGACACCCAGCGCGAAGCGCGUUCGUGUCGACUCAUCUCCAGCUGCUGCGAGUCCAAUGCAGUUCGUGAGAAACCUGGUACAAAACAAUGCUGCGGACAGGGCGCAUCCUAUAGAGGGCCGGGACGUUUGGGAGGUCGCGGUUUGGGACCCCAACCCGCUGUGCCUCAAACUGUUUUGCCUCUUCAGCCCUCUUCAUGUGGUGCUCUAUUACCUCAACCUUCCUGUUGGCCCCUUGGAUCCGAGCCCGAGUGUGAGGGUCACAACAACUAUUCUGAUCGGAGCAGUGCUAUCGCUGCAGCUGUGGUGGCUGCAAAGCUCCUUUUCCCAACAGAUCAAGGAUAAUGCUCUGAUCAGUCGCCAAGUGCUUCACGAGUACGACAGCAAGUUUGUGCACCCAUCAUUGCAGAAGCCGUGUAGGGACGUGGGCGUUCAGACCAUUUCAAAGAAUCGGAAUCAGGAUUCAAGCGUCGGUGUCAAGGGCAGCAGUGACGACCUAGCUAGCGAAAUUGUUACCUACACACCCAAGACUGUCAUCAAUCGCACUUUCCGCACAAACCCGAACGCCAGCUACGCCUCACAGUACGAUCCCGAUAAUGCUCGCUCCACCUCUAACACGCCUUCACUCCGCCGACGAGACAGCAACCCACAAUAUGCAACCACAUCUACAGGAACUGAUGCGGAUAUCUUUUCUCCAAUCCGUUCCUCGCAACCACCAAACCCUUUCCGCCAGGCCCCCACCAUAUCCCGAAAUAGCAUUGACACCAAAGUCAACGAUGGGGGAUAUCUCGGGAUCAACACACAUGCUGCAUCUCCGCUAAGGAAAUCCACUAGUGCGGCUUUCGGGAGGGAUGGUGAGCGGAGCGCGAACCGAGGAAGGGAUAGUCUUGGCGGUGCAUUUGAGCGGAGAGCUAGCCCGAGUAAGAAGGACGUUAGUCCAUUGAAGCGGAUCAGUUUAGGUAAUGCAGAGAGGGAACGUAGUGAGCGAUCACUAGGUCAGACGGAUAGACUUGGUAGGAGUACUGGAUUUGGUGGGUUGAACUUAGGAAAGAGAGAGGGUGGGCGCUAUUGAAGUUUUGAAAUGGAAAUGCAUAUUUACGGAAUUUUUUUUUUUGAUUAAGUGGCAAGAUGGCAUGACAAUAAGUCUGCGUUUGUACCAUUUUCAGGCGUUUUGUUUUUGUUUAGAUGGAACCUGUAUAUCCGUGGUGCCGCAAUAACCUCAUUAAGUGUCGCCACGUCGGCACUUCUAGUUCACUCAUCACUCAUCCUUCGCUAUUCGGGAUGGUCGCAUCUUCCCUUUAAACAACAUCAUGAACAUUCCACACGAACAUGCACACCACCAACUACAUAAAAACCUUUCUCUCAUCCUUCCAUUAUCUACGACCCUCUCUUAACAAAAUCCUCAUUAAAACAUUCAUCGUAUAUGCAUGAAACGAAUAAUCCCCGAACCCCCACCUCUCAGCCGAUCCGAUUCCGAUCACAUGUCGCAAAAGCGGGCGAUCAGAGCAGGAGCAAAAUGCAAAG